AUGUUAAAACACAGCCUAUUUUUGUUCACUUUUGGACUAACUUUAACUGGAAAACCUUUUUGGAUAAAAGGUGCAUCUUCUGAACAGACAUCCAGACUUUCUACAUUAGAAGUAAUUACUCCUCGAAGUCUGACAGACAGAGAGAAACAUCACCCAUUUUUUCAUGAGGAGCAUUCAGAUGACAAUCUUUCUUACUCAAUUAAAACCAGAAAUGGAACAUACCUCCUAAAACUGAAGAAAAAUAAAAAGCUUGUUAGCGAAGAUUUUAUGCUAUAUACAUAUGCAGAAAAUGGGAAACUGGAGGCAACACAAUCAAAAACCAAGACACACUGUUAUUAUCAUGGCACUGUUGAAGGAAUUGCUGACUCAAUGCUUGCUCUUAGCACAUGCGAUGGCCUUAGAGGAAUUCUCUACAUUGGUGGCAAAUGGUAUGGAAUGGAGCCGCUCAACACAUCCAGCACAUUUGAACACGUGUUUUACCAGUUAGAAGAUAUGCAGGAUAUCCCCUUCCAAUGUAGUGUGCUGAACGGCAGCCUUCACCACGAGAAGAUGUUUGUGAAGCAGUCUGUGAAAUAUGCGUUUUUAUCAAACAGUACCUCUAGCAGGGAAAAGCUUUUGAGGAAGAAGCGAGCUGUCCUGCCACAGAAAAGCUAUGUGGAAUUAUUUGUGGUUGUGGAUAACAACAGGUUUUUGCUGAAGAAAUCUGAUCCUGCUGCGGUGCAGAAGGAAACAGUUGAGCUGAUUAAUUACGUUGAUGGGAUGUAUAGAGCAUUAAACAUCCAGAUUGUUUUGGUUGGAUUAGAGAUCUGGACAGAUACAAACCACAUAUCUGUAAUGGAUGGUUCAGCUGGAGAUGUACUGAGUAGAUUCGUUUCUUGGAGACAGAAAGAUCUUCUUAAACGAUCACGAAAUGAUGUUAGCCAUCUCAUAAUAGGGAGAAGCUCUUAUGGUGGAUCCAUUGGAAUGGCUUUUGUGGGUACUGUCUGCUCGCAAGUCCAGGGAGGGUCAAUCAGCACUCUGAACCAUAACAAUGUGUUACAUCAUGCUACAGUAGUUGCACAUGAAUUGGGGCAUAAUCUCGGAAUGAAACAUGAUGAUAAAAGGUGUCCUGCCUCCUAUAUUAUGCACAGCAUAGAUAAUGGAUCCCGGAAUUUCAGCACCUGCAGUGCUGAUGAUUUUGAGAACCUUAUUCUAAAUGGAGGAGGAAACUGCCUUAGAAAUCCUCCCAAAACAAGUAAUAUUUACAAAGAACCUGUCUGUGGUAAUAAUGUGGUCGAUAACAAUGAAGAAUGUGACUGUGGGAAACCGCAGGAAUGUACUAACCCUUGCUGUGAUGCUGCAACCUGCAAACUCACACCUGGAUCGCAAUGCGCUCAAGGACUGUGCUGCAAAAAUUGCAAGUUUAAAGUGGCAGGAGCAGAGUGCAGAUCGAAAAUGGAUUUCUGUGAUCUACCUGAAUACUGCAAUGGAAGCAACGCCUACUGUCCAGAUGACGUUUAUAUCAUGGAUGGUUACCCAUGCGACAACAUGAAGGCAUAUUGCUACUAUGGAGUAUGCCAGAGUUUUGAUUCACAAUGUGAAUCUAUAUAUGGAAAAGGAGCACGAAAAGCACCUAAUAUGUGCUUUGAAAAAGCAAAUAUUAAAGGAGAUAGGUUUGGAAACUGUGGAAUGAGAGGUGGAGUGUACAAGAAAUGUCCUGUUCAGCAUAGUCUGUGCGGCAAGCUACAGUGCACAUCUGUUAGUCUUCAAAAUCUUCCUGCUUGGAGUGUUGUCAAUAACGCAUCUGGAGUUUUAUGCUGGUCUUCUGACUUUGACUUAGGAUCAGAUGUCCCUGAUCCUGCUCAAGUUCAUGAUGGAACAGCCUGUGGAGAAAAGAAGGCCUGUGUAAAUUUUGAAUGUGUUGAUGCAAGUCAUCUGGGCUACAGCUGUGAUGUAAAGCAGAAGUGUAACGAUAAUGGGGUGUGUAACAACAACAGGAACUGCCACUGCAAUUCUGGAUGGGCGCCUCCGUUCUGUAACCAGUCAGGCUACGGCGGCAGUGUUGACAGUGGUCCAGCUCACAUAGAUACAUCACUUCGGGACGGUCUGCUUAUUUUUUUCUUCCUUGUGUUGCCAAUAGUAAUCGUUACUGUAUUAGCAGUAAUUAAGCGUGAUGCAAUAAAAAGAAAGUUUUGCAGGAAAAGUAGAAGACAACACAGGGAUAACAAUGUGCAGCAACCAAAGCAAAAUAACAGACCAAGUACUAACACAAGAAAUGAUCAGCCUGCCACAUCAAGUCCUGAUUUUUUUACCAUAUCACAUUUCCCUGGUCCAAGGCAGCCAGUACAAACCCAGUUUCCUGCAGUUCCUUCAGGACCUCAACAACCUGCAGUCCCACUGAGACCAGCUGUCUGA